AUGUUUACUAAAAUGCAGGGACUUGGAAUUCUAAUACAAAAAUGUUUCAAUCACACUCGUGUUCUUCAAUAUAUUCAAGGACAAUCACCAAAAGCAGGAAUACGAGAAUACUUUUACUACAUCGAUCAUCAAGGAAUGUUGUUUUUGGAUGAUGCGCGAAUUAAGAAUUUCACUUCGUGUUACAAAGAGCUCAAGUUUCUGAAUUUUUUCUUUGAACGACUAAGAAUCAAUGACACUGGAAGCUACCAAAAUGAAUUUCCUUAUCUAUCUCCAUGUGGAAGGGAGAGAAAUUUUGUCCGUUGUGAUGAUCUACCCAUUGUUUUCACCAAACUUCAGGUUUUAGAGGAAAAGCUUGUACUUCCUUACAAUUACUGUGGAACCAAACAUGUUAAUUUUGAACCCCACAAACUGUACAUGGGAUCUAGUGGAAGGAUCUACCAUCCUGGGCCUGAAAAACUCCAUGGAAUUGGGUUAAUCAAAUCUAGUUUAGCAAUAGAAUUAAGUCAAGAUUUUACAUUUGGAGCUGAUGGUCAUCCAACCCAUUUUAACAUGCAAAAGGCAACGUUUGAACUGGACGAUAGUCUAAAAAAAAAUCUGCUUAAUCUUGGACGGCCGGAAUAACUUUACUGAACAAAAUGCUCCAUUCAAUGUAAAUGCUCAGUAAAAAAAUGUGAAAUCAUACAUAUAAUUAGCAGUGUCGAAA